GACAUGCGACAUUGUAAACCUGACAUCUCAAAGAGCAAAGGAAGCCUUCACAAGUUUCCACACAGCCACAGAGAUGUUUUCCUCUGUCCUUCUUCUUUUGGGCAUCUGCCUGAUGGCCAUUGACUCCACGCUAGCAGGUCAACAUUUUGAAAAUCCUCUCCUUGAGCGAUGUUUUGAGGACGCAAGAAAGAUUGUGGACGACGCGUACACUUAUUCUAGACAAGAGAGUCUGAGACGGGUUCGCAGGGAGAUGGUGAGUCCUCACGAUGCUCUCCGGCUUCUGAAGCAGCCUCGUGCCGACACACGGUCGGCUGUGAGAUCUGCAGACUACAUGGCCCAAACCCUCCGAUUGUUUGUGGAGCAAUCGCAUCACAUCCACAAACGCUCUCUCAAUGCAACAGAUUUGCUCAGCCAGGAAGAUCUGAUGAAGUUAUCUGACAUAACUGGAUGCGCAGCUCGAAUCAGGGAACCACAGUGUAACUCCAUUCCAAACAUCAACAAGUACCGCACCAUCACCGGCGUCUGCAACAACCUAAAAGUCACUCGUAAAGGAGCCUCCAACACCCCUCUUGUCCGCUGGCAGCCUGCUGAAUACGACGAUGGUAUUUCUGAACCCAGAGGAAACAGAAGCGAAAGGCUCAACAACUUCCUGCUCCCGCUGGUCAGACAGGUGUCCAACAAUAUCCUGAGCACGACGGAUGCGGAGGUGGUCAGUGACACGGAGAUCACCCACAUGGUCACAAUAUACGGCCAGUGGAACGACCACGACCUCAGCUUCACGCCCUUCUCGCCGAGCAUCAGGUCCUUCAGCAACGGGGUGAACUGUGACGAGAGCUGCCAGCGCGGUGAGCCGUGCAUCCCCAUCCCGAUUCCCCCCGGUGACCCUCGCCUGCCCACCGGCCCGGACAGCUGCAUUCCUGCAUUCCGAUCGGCCGGCGCUUGUGGGACAGGAUUCUCAGCCUAUAAUUUUGGUGGAACUCCCAACGUGAGGCAGCAGAUCAAUGCGCUGACGGCCUACUUAGAUAUCAGCCAGGUGUAUGGCUCCGAGGAGAAGCUCGCUCUGGAUCUGCGCAACCUCACUGACGACGGCGGCCUGUUGAAAGUUAAUGAGGAGUUUACAGACAACGGCCGCGAGGUGCUGCCCUUCCACCCUCUGCAGGUGAACAUGUGUGCCACUCGCAGAAGAGUCACCAACGACACCAACGCCAGGGAGAUACCUUGCUUCAUCGCUGGUGACGUCCGUGUUGACGAGAACGUUGCCCUGACAUCGCUUCACACAUUGUUCUUGCGUGAGCACAACCGGCUGGCUCGUGAGCUGAGGAGACUGAACCCACAGUGGGACAGUGAGACCCUUUACCAGGAGGCCCGCAAGAUCAUGGGCGCCUACGCACAGGUGUUUGCGUUCAAAGACUACCUGCAACAUAUCCUGGGGCAGCAGGGAGUGCGCGACAUAAUUGGCCCUUACACUGGAUACAAUCACAGCGUCGACCCCAGCAUCUCCAACGUCUUUGCAACAGCAGCUUACCGCUUUGCUCACCUGGCUAUUCAGCCAACUUUCUCUCGCCUGGGUGCGAACUACAGAGAGGACCCUCAGUUUGGCAACGUCCCCGUGUUCGAGGCGUUCUUCACCCCCUGGAGAAUCCCCUUUGAGAAUGGAAUUGACUCGUUGGUGCGUGGUUUGGUCGGCCGUCCCGCCAAACUGAAUGUCCAGAAUCACAUGAUGGUGGACGCUCUGAGGGAGCGGUUGUUCCAGUUUGUGCAGCACAUUGCGUUGGACUUGGGCUCCCUCAACAUGCAGAGAGGGCGUGACCACGGCCUGCCUGGAUACAAUACCUGGCGCAAAUUCUGUGGGCUGUCUCAACCCAGGAACCAGGCAGAGCUGGCUCGUGUCCUGAAUAACCAAGACCUGGCCCGGAGCCUCCUUCAGCACUACGGCACACCUGACAACAUUGACGUGUGGCUUGGAGGUGUGGCCGAGCCUUUUGUGACAGGUGGACGAGUUGGGCCUCUCUUUGCCUGUCUCAUUGGGAGACAAUUCAAGAACAUCCGUGACGGUGACAGGCUGUGGUACGAAAACAGAAACGUGUUCUCCCCGAGGCAGAGGGCCUUGCUGUCCAGAGCUUCACUGGCCAGGAUAAUCUGCGACAACACCGGCAUCACCUCCGUCCCCAGGGACGUCUUCUCGGUCAUCUCCAGACGUAACCGGCUCGUCCGGUGCUCCAACAUCCCACGUAUCAACCUGGCCGCAUGGAGACAGAGGCCCUGCAGAGGCGCUGGUUGUUUUCCACAAUCACUAAAACAAGAGGAAACAAAUGAGAUUGAAGAAAGAAGACGCCGCAGAGAUGUUUCCGUCUAACUAGACCAAAGUGAAGAAAAGGCCCAGCAGGACCCCCCCAGGCCCCAGAGACCUGUCCAGACCACCAGAGUCCAACAUUAGUGCCUCACAUCCGCAGAUUCCAUUCUUGGUCCUCCUGGGCAACUUCUGGGCAUCUCCUGAAAAAAAAAUCACUUGCUUCCGUCAGAUUGUCGACAAACGAGCAGAGUCAUCACGGCUCUGAGACAGGCGUCACCCCCGGGGAUCUUCAAGUUCAGCUUUCUCUGCGCUCUCUUCAGCAGUGCACACAGUGUGGACCCGCUGCGCAACAACAAACUGGUGCUCGUCGUCACACGGGGAUCGGAGCGAUCGAGCACCAAAAGCUUCUCCACAUGAUGCCUGCGCUUCACUCUAUGACAGACUCUUUUCUUUCAAACCAAACCACCUUUAAAUGCUUUUGGUUUAUCUUAUUUAGCUGAAUUUUUACAUUGAAGUCAACUUUACAGUGAACCUUAAGUUUUAUUAGUAGUUUAGUGUUUUUCCUCUCGUGGGUGAAACUAGGACAAGUGUGCACAUAUUUAAUACUUUCAUGAAGGACGAACAAAAUUGUGAUUAUUUUUAAUGAAGACUAAAUGUGAUUUCAGCUAAUCUACUGAACUCUGUUACAGCACGAAAUAUAUUGAACUGAGAAUGUAAAAGACACAGUUUAAAUUAUGGUAAAUACCAGUGUUACUAUAAAUAUGAAAGGUUUGUUUGCAAAUCUUCUUUCACUAAAAUGCUAUAGCGUUUGUUGUCUGUAAAACUUGUUUUACUGCAACUUUCUUAUUGUAUGUCGCAUAUUGCACUUAAAUAAACUUUUUCUGCACCAAG